CCAGCCCACUAACCUAUCUGCGAAACCCAAGCCAAAUCAAUCAGAUAAUUCACUUUCUCCCAGCCCAGCCCAUUUAUACUAAUCUACGUAUUGUUGAGACUGAAGCCAAAGCGUACACAGCUUUCUCAUCCCCUGAAUAACCUAAUCGCCGUCUCUCACAUUUAUCUUUCCCUCAUGGCGAUUCACUUCGUCUUCCCCAAAUCUUCCCGCAAAACGCCUCCGAUGAAAGGGCUGGAACUUCAAUGUUCUCCCUUAAAGCCUCUAUUCAAGAUCCCUACAGACCUUCCACAUCCCACCAUCCGCCUUAUAUCUAGAUGCCUAUUUAUAUCCUCAUGUCUUUUACCUCAGAUCCUACCCUUAUCUUUCUCUCCUCAGAUCGUUAGUUCUAAAUCGUAAUCAUGUCGAAAGAGGCCGCAAUCCGCACCGGCGAAUCUUCUCCUCCCCUCCUCUUCCGACAAGUUUCACCGGGACCCGGAGAUUCCACCAUGCAGUUUCGGCUUCUUCAUUUCUGGGAUGCUCGCAAGAAUGUCAAAGGAGGACCAGGGAUCAUUCUUGGGAUCGAGCUCCUUCUGAUCGACGCAGAGGGUACUGUGGCUCAGGGGUUCAUCGGUCAGAACCGUCGCAACCAAUACGAGAAAGAGCUUAAGCGUGGGAUGAUCUACACACUGACAAAUCAUUAUCAAGCGAGAGAAAGAUCACUCAAAGAAGAGAUGAUAGUGAGUCUCUAUUUCCAGAUUACAAAGGACGCACGUUCCUGAGACAUUUAACCUCCA